AAGACCAUAGUCAUAGACCCUUCUAGAGACAAAAAGGAAAAUCCCUAAUCUUUUGUUAGCAGAGACACAUUGCGAUCGAACAAUGGCAUCGACGUUCUCGAAAUGGCUGGUGGAUCCAAAGAAGAACCCUCUCGCUGCAAUCCACAAGAAAUCCCUCUCCGCUCGCCUCCGUAAUUACGGGCUUAGAUAUGAUGACCUGCAUGAUCCAAUGUACGAUUUGGACGUGAAGGAGGCUCUUAAUCGCCUUCCAAGGGAGAUUGUUGAUGCCAGAAUCCAGCGCCUUAAGCGUGCAAUGGACCUCUCAAUGAAGCACCAAUACCUCCCAGAAGAUCUCCAGGCAAUGCAAACGCCAUUUAGGAGCUAUCUUCAGGAAAUGCUAGCUCUUGUUAAAAGGGAGAGAGCAGAACGUGAGGCUCUGGGAGCUUUGCCUCUCUAUCAGCGUACAAUUCCAUGAAGAAAUCAAAUCUCCCUUGAAGCUUUUUCGAUUGAGAAUAACUACUGUGUUGCUUGUAGAUGAGCUUUGCCUCUCUAUCAGCGUACAAUUCCAUGAAGAAAUCAAAUCUCCCUUGAAGCUUUUUCGAUUGAGAAUAACUACUGUGUUGCUUGUAGAUGAGCUUUGCCUCUCUAUCAGCGUACAAUUCCAUGAAGAAAUCAAAUCUCCCUUGAAGUUUUUCGAUUGAGAAUAACUACUGUGUUGCUUGUAGAUCUCCAUGACGGAUAUAGAAAUAUAUUCUGCAGGAAAAACAUGUGCGCUUUUUAUGAUCAAACACUUCAAGUUAGUCGUCCUGUGGGCUUGGUUUUUGUAUUCGUAUAUUUCUUUAUAUGGGACGUACAUUUCACUAGAACUCCCAUAUUACUCUGGUUGGAUUGCUUUGACAGGUUUUAUUGGUGUUUCCAAGUACACAUGAAAGGAAACAUAAUUUUGCUUUA